AUGCUCUCAAAUCAGCACACACCCAGGCACUUAUUAUCAGUUUCUCUGUUUCACAAGUGCAGAGCAAGUUCACAUGGUGCACCACGAAUAUACAUAACAGUCGACACACCUCUGGGUCCCAUAAGAGGUCGUCAACUUAAUACCACAACUGGCAACCCUGUUUAUACCUUCAAAGGAAUUCCGUAUGCUGAACCACCAGUUGGAUCAUUACGUUUUAAGCCACCAGUACCUGUGUCUUCUUGGACAGAAGAAAAAGAUGCUCUGCAAACACCAAACCGAUGCAUACAGAUGGAUGGUUUGGGAAACAUAAAGGGAGAUGAAGACUGUCUCUACCUGAAUGUCUUUAGCCCAGAGUUGCCAUCUGAUACAAGUGUCCCAAGACCAGUUCUGGUCCUGAUACAUGUUGGCUGCUUCAGAACUGGCUAUGCUCAGCAAUGUUAUUUAGAUUAUUAUAUUGAUCAUGGAAUAGUGGUAGUAUCCAUACAGUAUCGUCUUGGAGCUUUAGGAUUCAUGAGCACAGGUGACUCUCUCCUUCCUGGAAAUCUUGGAAUGAAAGAUCAGGUUCUUGCACUGAAGUGGAUAAAGCAAAACAUUAGAGGAUUUGGUGGUAAUCCAGAUGAAGUUACUAUUUCUGGUCAGAGUUCAGGAGGAUCUGCAGUACAUUACCACUUGCUGUCACCAUUAUCAAAAGGUCUUUCCAAAUGAGCUAUAGCACAGAGUGGAUCUGCACUUAGUCCUUGGGCAUUUACUACAAAUGCUACUGACAGAACAUUCCGUUAUGCAUCAUAUUUGGGAUUUAUUGGAGAGACCACUUCAGAACUUAUGGAGU